CGCAAGUCUGAGCUCAGUCUGCGGCAGAAAGAGGAAGAAGAGGACGAGCAGAGGGCUGCAAGAGAAGAGGAAACACUCCACGACAAACUAGAAGACGUUUUUCAUCCUUUUAAGAAGAUCAAAGAUGCCGAGCACUCGCUCUCAGGGCCGGUCUCAGCCCCAGCUCUCCUUCCCCCGCCGUAAGUCCUGCAGAGCCUCCUCCCGCUCCAAAACGCAACAGCUGGACAAAUCUCCCACCCCAUCGCCGUCUAAGCCCAAACCCCAAGUCCUCUCUCCGACCCUGACCCGGAUCGGACCGCUCUCCCCGAGGAAACCCGCUGACCUACCCACGCUGCUGUCACCUAGACGUGUGUCAGCGCAGCCGCCAUCAGGACCCCCCUCGUCUCCCAGCCUCCAGACACGACUUCCUCUCAGCCCGAGGAAACGCACAGGUGACGAUAACAGCUGUAACCUCGGCCCCGCUCUGCUCGGUUCUCCCCCGAAGCAGAGCAAACCGUCUCUGCCGUCUCCCAGAAGGAAGCUGGGACUCGACGAGAACUCUCCGGUCUCCGCUCGCCGACAGCUGGUCCCCUCCUCGCCGAGGCAGCCGCUCUCACCCGCCGCCAGGGCGUCACCGAGGCGACAGGAAACGCCGGUUGGAAGCCCGGCACGCCACGGCUCUGAGAAGAGGCCGCCAGUCGCUCGGCUGUUUGCAGAAAAGUCGAGGUUUCUGAGCGUGAAGCAGGCGCUCCACACCGCCGUCCCAGAGCGCCUCCUGUCCAGGGAGGCGGAGCGAGCGUCCAUUAAAUCCUUCCUGGAAGAGAAAGUCCUGCAGCGUGUCCCCGGCAGCAUCUACAUCUCUGGAGCGCCAGGCACGGGAAAGACGGCGUGCUUGAACUGCGUCCUGCAGGAGAUGAAGGCGGAGCUGUCGUCCAUUCAGACUGUGGUGGUGAACUGUAUGACUCUGAGGAGCUCCCACGCCAUCUUCCCCCUGCUGGCCGACAAACUGAAAGCACCAGGAGGUCAGAACGGUCUGCAGAGGUUCCUGACGGCGCCGGGGCCCGCUGUGCUGCUGGUUCUGGAUGAGAUGGAUCAGCUGGACAGUAAAGCUCAGGACGUCCUCUACACCAUCUUUGAGUGGCCGUACCUGCCCAAGUCCCGCCUCUGCCUCAUCGGCAUCGCCAACGCCCUGGAUCUGACCGACCGCAUCCUGCCCAGGCUGCAGGCUCGCCCUCACUGUCGCCCCCUGCUGUUACACUUCCCUCCCUACAGUCGGGAGGAGCUCGCAGCCAUCGUCCAGGACCGCCUCUCUCAGGCGUCGGCUGAAGGACUCCUCGACACCUCUGCCGUUCAGUUCUGUGCCCGGAAAGUGUCGGCGGUGUCCGGAGACGCCAGGAAAGCUCUGGACAUCUGCAGGAGAGCCGUGGAGGUGGUGGAGUCAGACGAGAGGAAGAAAGCAUCAAACCCGGACUCUGAGAAUAAAGCGUCUCGUGUCAGCCUCCCCCAGGUGGCGCGGGUUCUGUCAGAGGUCUAUGGAGACCGGAUGGCGUCUCAGAGCGGCGGGUCAGAGGAGAGUUUCCCCCUGCAGCAGAAGCUCCUGGUGUGCUGUUUGCUGCUGCUCAUAAAGAACGGGAAGAGCAAAGAGGUCGUCCUCGGGAAGCUCCAUGAGGUGUACAGCCGUCUGUGCGCUCAGCGGCAGGUGUCAGCGGCAGGUCAGGGCGAGUGUCUGUCUCUGUGCAGUCUGCUGGAGAGUCGAGGGAUCUUCGCCCUGAAGAAGGCCAAAGAGGCUCGACUCACCAAGGUGUUUCUGAAGAUCGAGGAGAAAGAUGUGGAGAACGCUCUGAAGGACCGGACUCUGCUGGGCAGCAUCCUGGCUGCAGGACUCCCCUCCUGAUCCUCCUGAUCCUGUUUUCUUUUUUAAUCAAAUUUUAAGUUAAAAACAUGAAACCAAGCUUGUUAUGGUUUUUAUUUUUUCUUCUCAUUUUUGCUGAGAGUCUGUACAGAAUUUUUAAGAUGAGUUUUUUCCUCUCUAUGAUGUUAACGCUGCGUUUCUGAAGUGUUUAAAUCAUCGUUGAUGGAUUACAGCAUGUUUCAGUUCACAUUUGAAACCUUUAUAAUGUUUUAUGCUGUAAAUAAACAAACGGAUGGGUUUUUAAUGGA